AUGCCGCCAGAUACGAGCAAAAGGUUCAAACUAUCAGGGCUUCAAAGGCACCACCAACUCCCCUCGCACGGACCAGCAUCCGAUUGCAAGCUGGCCUCGUCAGUGGAUGAGUCAUUGACGUGUGACCUUGACGAACUCCCAGGGCAGUUUGUUGCCUACUCGCAAGCCGGUGGAGACGGUCUUUGUUUGAAUUCCAACGCCAACAUGCGGGCUUAA